AUGGCUCGACUAGAGGGGCGCAAGCGAUCAAAGCUCGCAUGCCAGACGUGUCGCGACCUCAAGCGGAGGUGUGAUGGCGCUCAUCCGUGUGGAACAUGCGUUCGAUUCGAGUAUCAUUGCAAUUAUCAGGUGCUUAGAAGAAGAAGAGAACCGGAUCGUAACCCGGGGCCGACCGGAGAUCCGGCACCGGUACCGGGCCAAGUACCGGCGCCGCCGCCGCCAAGUUUGAAGCCUUCUGGUGACGAUAUUGUAUCAUCGACGGCGAGUUCGCAUGCUCAGGCGCGCUCAGUGGAGGCAAAUUCAUGCCCGGCAUUUGUUAGGACGAUGGCUCUGCGACUCGACCCAAAAAGAAACCCUAGGAUGCAUAGCUUUGCCUGGAAUGCCUUUCUUGGAUCACGAGGUACUUCAUCUGCUCCGGCAGUCCAGUCGAUUACGGACGUGGUGUCCCAAACGAGAUUACAAAAUCUGACAGCCACGUAUUUCCAAAAAGUCGAUCCAGUCUAUGGAUUUCUCGAUCGUGAGCAAGUCUUCCAGCGUAUACAGCAAAGAUGGGCCUCUCGAAAUUUCACUCAAGUGCAAGAUGCCGUGUUGUGCGGUAUCGCCGCCCUGGGAUGUUUGUUCUCGCAGAUACAUGCUGACGCGGCUGAAGUUGCGUUGGUGGAGUUGGCAAGAAUCUUGCUUGAGAAGACUUUAUCAACCCCUCCGACCGCCGAUAGCAUCACUGCAUGGCUGCUCCGCGUUGUCUACCUUAGGGUUGUAGACACGCAUUACGCUGCUUGGAUGGCGAGCUGUACCGUGAUGCACAUGAUAGAUGCUGCUGGAUUCAAUAUCGAUGCCCCCGAGGAAGCUAUCAUUCCAUCUCCUCACCAAGAGGUUAGCCAAGAUAUAAGAAAGAGGAUGGUGGCUAUUGCACAGCAUCUCAACAUAUGGAUGUCGUUUGACAUGGGACUCACCCGUGUUGCUCUACCUAAUGCAACCACACCAAUACCUUUGGCGAGAGAAGGCGACUUUACCGUCGAGCUAAUAGAGUUGCUUCCAUUCUCAAUAGAACUGGAUCCCCAAAGAAAACCCACAGCAUUUGAACUGGAAUACGCGCUCCAAGUGGUGCUGGGCCGCAUCCACUCUAGCCCUCCAUCAGUUCUUGCUCAAUGCAACUUGGCGCUCUGUCUGUGUCGCCGGCUGCGGUCAAUGGACGUUGCUUUGACGGAUUCUGUACUCCAGCAGCUACUCAUGCUCACGUCAAAUGGGAUUCGGGCUGCCCAAACAGUAUUAGCUGCUCGCUCUCCUUGGCAUCAGAUGACCUAUGUGCCUUUUCAGAUUGUCUGUGUAUUACUCGCUAUAGAUACGGUUUCCUCCAUCUCUCAGCUGCGGGAUGCAAUGCAGUGCCUUCAAGACGUAUGCGCCGUCUAUAACACGGAGGCGACACAGGAGGCGCUGAAAACAGCUCGCUCACUGGUGCUUCUACACCAGAGAGGCAAAGAGAUGUUCGCUUCGGCUUUAAGCGAGAUAUUGAAGAGUCGCCCGAUGAGUCCUAUUGGAGAUGUAACAGACAGUUGUCCUGUACUGGAUGAUGCACCUGGCAUGAAUAAUUUCACGGAUCAAUUUUUUGGCCUCCAAUAUAACGAUAUAGAUCAACUUUUGAGCGCCGAUUUCUUCUGGAAUAUUACCAGCAAUAGGUUUUAA